GGAUCUCCUCCCGUCUAUGUGUGCUUAUAUCUGCAAAAACGAGCUCUCAAAUGAAAUCAAACAAGGCCUAGCUUAUGAUCCAAAAAUGAUGCAAGACCUACCACCAGAAAUCAUCACAGAUAUCCUUUUGAGGCUUCCUCUUGAAAGCAUUGCAGCUUGCAAGUGCGUUUGCAAACCAUGGCUCAAUGUGAUCGAAACUGACGAUUUUGUCAAGUCUCAUCUUUCUAAAUCUGCUCCCGCCCUAGCUGUCUCGGAGGGUGCACAACGGUUCAAUGUUUUCAAAUUGGAAGACGAGCAUGAUCUCGUGUAUGAGCAGGAACACGAUCCCAUCAUCAAGUUUGAUUUCCCUCGAGUAUCAAGAAUAUGUGUUUCUGUCAACGGCUUGCUUCUUCUGAAAGAUUAUUUUGUCAAUCACCUUUAUGUAUGUAAUCCAGUCACUCGUGAAUUUAUUGAGCUCCGUGAGCCCCACGAUCUCCCUUGGGGUGAUUGUUAUGGAUUUGGUGUGGGAAAAAUUAGUGGAAAACAUAAGGUCGUUCGUCUUCAUCCUAAAUCCGGAUGUCAUGUAUACACUCUUGAGACAGGGUCCUCGUGGAGACGUGUUGAAACUCCCCCCUCGUUUAGUGACUGGUAUAGUUAUGAUAGUGCAUUUGUUAAUGGCAAUAUCCAUUGGAUAGUUUCAGAUAAGAAGCAUCAUAUUUGGUGUUUUGAUGUUGAGACAGAAUGUUUUAGCAUCUUCUCCGCACCUAUUGAAGCUAUUACUGGAAAGUUGUAUACUUUGGGAGAUUGCUUGUGUUUUUAUGAUGUUGAAGGACUUGAGGAAGAUAAUGUGAUCUGGUUGUUGAAGGAAUAUGAACAGGUUGAGAAACGUUGGACUAUGGUAGACAUUAUCUUGCAAGAAGAAGCUUUUCAUGGUAUAGUUGCCUUCAAUUAUUUUCACCCUAUCAAACUUUACACAAAUGGUGACAGGUUACUUUUAUGGAAUGAGAAGCGCUUUAAAUACUACUGCGACAAGGAGAGAACUGUUAGAGAAAUCGGUUGGUUUGGUGAAUUGGAAGAUGAUGGUGAGCAUAUCAUCUGCAUCACUCUCACUCCAAGUUUUCUUUCACUCAAAAGAAAUUUGGGUAUGGAAAAUGUAAUGUCAUUUUAGUUUGAACAUAUAUUUUCUUAUCUUGUCUUUGGUGGUGUUGUUUACUUAUGUCACUAUUUAAAAAUCAUUUUGCUAUAA